CUGCAGCUGGGGACAAAUAUAUAGGAGUUGACCUCAGUUAGACUUUGUCACUGCGGAGCUGCUCGUCGAAAUGCAAUUGUGUUUAAUCCUUUUGUUUCUCCAACUGUGGGGGAGCGUGGAAAUUACUUUAUCACAGAAUGCAUGUUCAAAGCUCCCAGAUGUUCCUCACGCCCAUGUGUCAGAGGAGACCCAAAAAGCUGAGUACCAAGAAGGAAACGUGAUACAUUUCACUUGUGAAACUGGUUAUAUAUCGGGUCCAACCAUCAGAUAUGUAUGUAUAAGCGAAGGGUGGUAUACAGUCCGUCAUGGAAAGUGCUACUUAAAGCCAUGUGUACUUCCUGAUGACACUCCAAAUGGCUAUUAUCAAAUUACCCACGGUGAAGACUUUGUUUUUGGAACAACAAUCAAAUACUUUUGUAAUGAAGGGUAUCAAAUGGUGAGUAAGGAUGACACCAGGACUUGUUUUCUGGACAAAUGGACCCAUCACGUGCCAAUAUGUGAACCUUUGAGCUGCAACCCCCCGUCUGCAGAUGGAGGGCUCAUAGUAAAAAAUGCACCAGAAAAUGACAAUCCCAUACUUCCUGACCGCUUCCUCACAUUCAGCUGUGAUGGUCCUGGGAAAUAUCUGAAUGGAAGUUCAGUGCUGAUAUGUGGUAAAGAUGGACAGUGGGACAAAACAUUCCCCUCUUGUGAAGACAUCACUUGUGAUCCUGGCGUGAUGCUCCCUGGACUCAAUGUAGCUGGACAACCACCAUCAAAUGAAACGAUGAAGGUUGGACAUAAAUUACGAUUUUACUGCGACAAUGAAUACACAAUAGAUGGCUCUGAAGAAAUUGAAUGUUUACAAACUGGGAAGUGGAAUGCCGCCUUUCCAACUUGCGCUGAAAAAUGCAAAGUCGCAGAUGUAUCAGACAGCGUACGCCUCAACACAUAUGUACCAAACAAACAACUAAGAAAAGGACAACAUUUGAGGUUUGAAUGCCGCAAUCAAAGAGACUUUAUCCGGGGGAAUGACGUCAUUGAAUGUUUGGCAAACGGACAGUGGAGUGAUCUCUUCCCAACAUGCGGAGCUCCUUUGAAUUGUGGAAAAGCACCAAACCUUGCAAAUGGAGACACCCGGGAAAGUCUUCGUUUCCAGUACAGACAUAGCGAAAGGGUUGAAUACAUCUGUCAGAACUACUACAUCAUGGAGGGUGAGCCUCGCAAAACCUGCAUCAAUGGUAAAUGGAGUGGACAGAUGAGAUGCCUCAAACCCUGCACUGUGGAUAGACAAACCAUGAGCACAUAUAAUAUUGACUUCUAUUAUGGCAGUGACAAUAAACUGUAUUCAACCCAUCUUGAUGAAAUCCAGUUCAGGUGUACCACAGGAAGGCCUAACGGCAGAUUGAGCAUGCGUCAGAGAUGUGUUGAUGGUGUGAUGGACCUGCCAACUUGCCAGUAAAGCUUUUUUAGUCAACUGGAUGUCAUAACCAUAAGCUGCCUGGACAAACAUGUACAUGAUUAACCAAAGUAAAGAGUUAGACAAGUUAUGUCCUGAUCCAGUGUCUAUACUCCAGUGCUAUGUGUGGCCAUUUUAAUAAAACAUAUAUUUUCA